AUAUCCCUAUCCAUUUGAUUCAACGAAAUAUGACGAUUUCCAAAUAUUCUUUCCAUGUUUUAUUUCUUGUUCUCUUGGUAUCAUUUUCAUUCUCUUAUGCACAUUUUCGCCAUAUAACACCUAAAGAGAUUGACCCAAAAUCUUUCAACUCUCAUUCAUCUCCACUUUCUCCUUCUUUGACUUCCAAGGGUUCUGGUCUUUUAUCAGGUUCUAGCAGUUCAAGGGAUUCUAGCUUGUUUGAUAAUUUAUCAAGUUCCAACGCUUCUGGUUCUUCUAAGAUUUCUGACUCUUCAUCAGUUUCAACCAAUUCUAAGGGUUUUGCUUUUUCUGGGUCUUUUAGAGGUUCAGGUUUAUUAUCAGCUUCUACAAAUUCUGGUGCUUCUAACAAUAAAGAAUUCAACAUCAACCUCAAAGCUAACCUGAGUGGGUGUUUCUCCAAGGUUUUUGCAUUUGGAGACUCGUACACUGAUACAGGAAAUGCUCGAUUGAUAGGCAUUUUGAAAAGCUUCGUGGGUGCAGUUUUGACGGGGAGAGUUUCUCAAGGCGGAAACUCCAACUUCAAGUUGGGUGGUAGAUCGAGUAAUGGUCGAAUGGUCGUUGAUUUUCUUUGUGAUUCUCUCAACAUUCCCACACCAAUACCGUAUAAGGCCAUCUCUUCGGACUUUGAUUUUGACAGCAACUCUGGGGUUAACUUCGCCGUCGGAGGCGCCACGUCACUUUCCGGAGACUUCUUUGUAAACCACAAGAUCGGUCACACACUGAUGUGGAAAGGGAUUCCUCUAGGCUUCCAAACACAAAUUGAAUGGUUCAACCAUUUCGUGACCAGAAUAGCUUGUAAAAGGAAGACUGAGGAAGAAUGCAAGGCGGAAAUGGGAAAGCAUCUUAUUUGGCUUGGACAAAUGGGUGUCGAUGACUUCGCUCGUGUUAUAGGGUCUUCUGUUUCAAUGCGGUGGCUUACAGAUAUAACUAUUAAUCAUAUCUCCAAAAUCCUUACAACACUAUUGGAUAGUGGUGGAAAGUUCGUAGUGGUUCAAGGGCUACCACCGGUGGGAUGUUGUCCAUUAUCCAAGCUAUUGACACCCCAAUCUGAGAAAGACGAAAUGGGUUGCUCGCUAGUUAUCAAUAGAGCAGUAAUGGCUCAUAACGAGCUCCUCCAGAAGACAUUGGAAGACUUUAGGGUAAGGCAUGGUACUGAGGUUACAAUUUCUUAUGCUGAUUAUUUCAAUGCAUACAAAGCAAUCAUGGGAAACCUUGCUGGUUUCGGGUUUUCCGAUGGAUCCGAAGCAUGUUGCGGCGUCGGAGGUGGACUUCUCAACUUUAACUUGCACAACCUUUGCGGCAUGGCCGGCACCACCGCGUGUGAAAAACCAUCUAACCACGUUCAUUGGGAUGGGCUUCAUCUGACGGAAGCAAUGCAUAAGCAAAUAACUAGACUGUUCCUCCAUGGAGGCUACUGCAAACCAUCUUUUGAUGAUAUAAUUAGUAGACAAAGAAACUCAGGUACAUAGAUGAUAGGUCAUUGUUUCAUGGAGUUUGAAAUCCAUUCAUUCAUUAGCUUGCUUGUAGUCUCCACUUGUGUUACUAUAUGUAAGUUUAGUUAAUAAAACCAUCCCUCAGUUUUCACAUUGGUGAACCAAAAGUGAUGUUGUUUGAUGUAUAUUUCGCCAUAUUCAUAUUUAUUAAUGCUACAGUGGCGACUCACGGUUGUUGU